ACAUAUUGCUUGAUAGCAAAUCUAUGAGAUAUAAGAAACUGAACGUUUAAGAAAGAACUUUUGCAAAUCACAUAAACAAUGGAAAUGAACAGAUUUCGAAUAAUCUUAUUGUUAAGUUUAGGUGCAAAUGUUUCAGGGCUGAAUGGUAUUCCUCCAGCAAUAAUCAAAGUUGGACAGCAGAUAAUGGACAUAUUGGAUUUGGGAAGAAAUAUUUUGGAGUUCUUUGGUGCAGGUGAGGAAGACAAAGACGAUGUAGACAUUGAACUGUUAAUUGCCGAAAUCCAAGACAGAAUAGAAUCCGCCACCACUGAUUUACUGACAAAUGUUCUAGUUCAAUCGAAACUUGAUAAGAUUGACGAUGCAGUCAUAACGAUACAUAGUUUACUUAUUGACUUGGACAACAUUAUGCAUGCACAGACAUCCGAAGAUCAGAAACGUCUUGAGGCAACAUUUGUGUCUCGAUUCGAGCAACAGAAUGCUGUGAUGCAUAUUCGAUUCCUUCCGGAGCUUCUUCAGUAUCGGAUUCCAGGAUCGUCUGGUAUCCUUAAAGAUCUUUACACAGAGAUGGUUCGAUGUAAUAUGUCCGCGCUCUUAGAGUUCAAACAGUUUUAUCUUGAACUUGUAUCAGAUGGAAUUGCAUUGCAGUUUCUACACAUACACUUAACAUCAUCACCCUCGUUGAAUUCAACCAUAGAUCAAUGGCAAAAUGGUCACGAAAAAAUGAAUACAACAUUUAACGAUAUGGAGUUGGGGUGUGUAAAUAAUUUUGCAAAGUAUGCAAACGAAGAUAUACAUGAAGCCGAUGAUGCACGUACAUUGUGGAAGAACAAUAACGAGCGAUAUACUUGGAAACGUAAUGAUGUUAUUUUUUUGAAACCGUAUGGGACUUUUCAGUUUUUAUACAUAAAACAUUUUGGAGAUAAUUUAUUUAGAUACAAAGCAAAUAGAAACAAACUAGUUAUCUUUACGGACAAAAACGAUAACAAUACUUCUCAACCAGAUCUGAGUUCGGCGAAGAAAGCUAUAAAAUCUGCAAUAGGCAGUCCAUGGGAUCAAAAUGCAGCAAAAAACGUUGGUUUGGCAGUUGAAAACCUACUUGUUGACGAUGGUUACUUUAUCAGAGUGCUUGUUGUUUUCUUCGAUGGUGGAGAAUUUGCGUCUGAGACACUUCUAUUUGAUGAAGAUUCACCUGUCAUGUAUUUAGAGAUAAGUGAUGUCGAAUUGUCAUUUUGUGCAGAUAGCAGUCUCAAAUGCGCCGUAGACUUCGUCAACUGGUUUGGAGGAAGGAAAGAUGUGCACGGUUCGAUGAAAAUGUGUGCAUACGUAAUGAAAAGAGACAAUUCAACCUUUCCGUUCGAUGAUAUUAAGCAUGUAACAGAUUCAGGUUUCGUACAUGUGUCCGGCUCUAUGACAUUUUUAGGGGUCACUUUUACAUUUGUUAAUACUGUUAUUAAUUCUAUAUACUGAUCUAUUUUGUUGUUUGAUAUAUACAGUCAAAUGACCAACUCUGAACAGAGAACACUUGACCCAAACAGCCGUUAUGUUUGUUUUAUAUUUUUACAUUGACAGUGUAUGUUCGCUUGUGAAUAGGACCAUUUGCUAAUAAUCGCAAUAUGUUUUCUCUUCUUAAUAGUGGACUUUAUAUACAGAGUUAAAUGCAUAUUGGAAUUGUUCUUCAAUUAUAGCUACAAUUUGAAGAUGAAUUUUGAUUUCUGAAUAUUUAUUUUAUUAAUUGCAUUUACAAGGUUUUAUUGUCAUGUAUGUGUGCAAAAACAUUGACGUAAAGAUGGAAUAUUAAAAAAAACUUAUUUUAAGUAUGGUAUAGAUCUACAGUGUAUACAUAUUGUCAUGAUCAAUUUUCUACCAUUUUAGUGUAACACGCCAAGACAAUUUAUUUAAACUUCAAAACAUACGCUAUGAAACAAAUAUUUACAGAAUGUCUUAAGGUGAUGUGUUUUUCCUUUAAACACUUUACAUUUUAACUGAUGGCGUAUGUCUAUGAUACACUCUAAACGAUCGCUAAAUUAUGCAUAAUUUGAUAAAACAAAACUGAAAUUCG